AUUUGCCUCUGUGACUCCAACAUGACGCCAUCCCUUCGCAACAAGAAAGCCGCCGUCGACGCCACCACAGACGACUGGAACAACCUCGCGUACCAAGUCGGGUGGGGCAACCACUUUGCGUCCGAGGUGCUCCCGGGCGCCUUGCCGCAGCACAUGAACAACCCGCAAAAGUGCAACUACGGUCUCUAUUGCGAGCAGCUCUCCGGCACGGCGUUCACCCUCCCGCGCCACAGCAACCAGCGCACGUGGCUGUACCGCAUCCUGCCCCCCGUCGUGCAUGCCGAGUACGUCAACGUGACCUCGGGCGACGUGGUCACGGACUUUUCCAAGGAACACACGACACCCCAACAGCUCCGCUGGGGUCCCAUGGCCCUCCCGGCGUCCUCCGAGUCGGUGGACUUUGUCCAGGGGCUCAAGACCAUCGGCGGCGCAGGCGACCCGACCAUGAAAACCGGCAUGGCCGUGCACAUGUACGCCGCAAACGCGUCCAUGGUGGACAAGUGCUUUUACAACUCAGACGGGGACUUCCUCGUCGUCCCGCAGGAAGGAUCCCUCCGCAUCCUCACGGAAAUGGGCAAACUCCUCGUGUCGCCCCAUGAGAUUGUGGUGCUGCCCCGCGGCAUCCGCUUCUCCAUCGACGUUGACGGCCCCGUCCGCGGCUACGUCUUGGAAGUGUACAACCGCCACUUUGUCAUUCCGGACCUCGGGCCCAUCGGCGCCAACGGCCUCGCCAACCCCCGCGACUUCGAGCACCCCACUGCGUGGUACGAAGACCGCGACUGCAACUACACAGUCGUGACCAAGUUUGCUGGCAACAUGUUUGCAGCCCACAUGACGUUCUCGCCUUUCAACGUCGUGGCGUGGCACGGCAACUACGUCCCGUACAAGUACAAUUUGGACCACUUUUGCACGAUGAACUCGGUCAACUACGAUCACCCAGACCCGUCCAUUUACACGGUGCUCACGUGCCAAACUGACGAACCUGGUUGCGCCGUCGCAGACUUUGUCAUCUUUCCGCCCCGGUGGAUGGUCCAGGAGAAGACGUUCCGUCCUCCGUACUACCAUCGCAACCACAUGACCGAGUUUAUGGGCAUGGUGUACGGUCACUACGACGCCAAGACGGACGACGGAUUCGUCCCCGGCGGUGCCUCGCUCCACAGCUGCCACACCGCCCACGGCCCGGACACCGAGACGUUCCUAGCCGCGUCAUCCGCGGACCUGAAGCCGGUCAAGUUUGACGGCGGCUUAGCGUUCAUGUUCGAGUCCACGUACAUCAUGAAGGUGACCAAGUAUGCGAUGACGUGCCCCCAAAUGGACCAUGACUACUACAAGUGCUGGCAACCGUUGCCCAAGUUGUUCAACCCGAACAAGUUGUAAACCCCAUCACGACCUUGUAAUAUAUUUUUCUCCAUCUAAGAGUAUCCCCGUGAAUGUACUACUGCGACAA